AUGUCAUCGGAAGUCCUGCAAGAGGAAUUCGAGGUGCUCGAGGCGAUCUAUCCCACUGAACUCACAAGUACAACUCUCCGAAAGGGCAUACGGAUAGAUGUCGAACCAGACGAUCCGUUAGAGGGUGAAGAGAGAGUGCUCAAUUACACUGAUGAAUACCCCGACGCUCUUCCCGAGCUAUCCCUAGAAACUCUUGAAGGUUCCGUAGAAGAGAAUGAGAUCGAGAACCUCCUCGCAGAGCUGCGCACAGUGGGCGAAGAGAACCUCGGCAUGGCGAUGACAUUCACUCUUGCUAGUCACCUCCGAGAACGACUGUCAGCCUUGAUUCGGACACGGGCAGAGCUGAGACAGCAGGAGGACACGGAGAAGGAGAGACAAGCAAUCGAAGCAGAAGAAGCUCGCACGCGCGGAACACCUGUCACGGUGGAAAACUUCAAUGCCUGGAAGGCCAAGUUCGACAAAGCACAAGCUAUAAAGAAAGCGCGAGAGGAUGAAGAGAAACUCAGAGGCAUGACAGCGAAGGAAAGGGAAGAGUAUAAGAAGUUGGCUACACGCUUAUCAGGUCGUCAGCUCUUCGAACGUGACAGGACUCUGGCAAUAUCCGACGACAGUAUGAUCGAGGAAGGCGUGGUAUCUGUUGACAUCAGUCAAUAUGACAGGGUGGUCAUGGAAGAAGACGAGGAAGAAGAGCGAGUGACCUUCAGCGACAGCGAUUGA